CGGGAAUUUGAACCAUUUCCUUUACUUUUCAAAACUUCAAAUACCAACCACUCAUUUUCCUCUCCAACGUUCAUAUUCUUUUUCCUUCACAUUCAAAAUUUUUCGGUUGAUUCUUCUGAAACUGAAAAAAGAAGAAUGAAUUUUUUCACAAAGAAGAGGAAUGAACUACAGAGAUUAUGCAAAAAGCAUGGAAUCCCCGCUAAUCUGAAAAAUAUUGAAAUGGCUGAAAGACUUUCUUUGAUUUAUAAGGAAAAAGAAAAUCCUGUGUCAAAUGGAAGCUAUAAAGAUAAAUCGAUUGUGGAAAUUAUAAUAUUAGACUCUGACAGUGAUACUGAUGUUCAAAUGGAAGCUCCAGAUAUUGUAUCUGUUGCUGAGAAGGAUUCUAAUGAGAUGAACAAUGUGAAUGUGGAACAUGUUCUAGAUGAGGUACAUUCAUCUGGUUUAAAAGAUUCUGUUCGAGAACCCGAUCAAUUUCUAGCUACUUCUCCACUGAGUGAAGUCAAGUCCAGUGAUCUUAAUAUUCAUCGCACGGUUGAUUCAGAUAAUACUGUUGCUGAGAAGGAUUCUAAUGAGAAGACCAAUGUAGAUGAGUUAUAUUCAUCUGGUUUAAAGUAUUCAGUUGGAGAACCAGAUCAGUGUCUAGUUACUUUGCCACUAAUUGAAGUGAAGUGUAGUGAUCUUAAUAUUCAUCACAUGGUUGAUUCAGGCACUGCUGGUGGAAAUGCAGAUGUCAGUGAAGUGAAGUCGGCGUCUUCACAACAGCAAGGUCAAGAAGAAUCUCAGAUGACAUUGGAAGGUGAAAAAAGUGAGGAUAAUGUUAGGUCCCUUCAUUUGGAGGAAAAUAAGCAAAUGAGUGUUAUUAAGGAUAAAAUUGAGGACAAUCAAGAAUUUUAUCAACCAACAACAACUGAUCUAAAUGCUCAUCAAAUGGUCGAUUCAGGGACUGCUGAUGGACAUGUCGAUGCCUGUGAAGAGUCUAAAAUGAAAUUUACACCUGAAAGAAGUUAUAAUGUUGACACCUUUUAUGCGGAGGACAACAUGCAAAUGAGUGUAAAUGUUUUAGAACAUUUUGGUAACUAUAUGAUGAUGGGAGAAGAUUUAUAUGGGACUCCCGUCAGAGAUACUGUUGCUGAGAAGGAUUCUAAUGAGAAGACCAAUGUUGAUGAGGUACAUUUAUCUGGUUUAAAAUAUUUAUUUGGAGAACCAGAUCAGUGUCUAACGACUUCUCCACUAAGUGAAGUCAAAUCCAGCAAAAUUCAUCACAUGGUUGAUUCAGAUGCUGUUGCUGAGAAGACCAAUGUUGAUGAGGUACAUUCAUCUGGUUUAAAAUAUUUAUUUAGAGAACCAGAUCAGUGUCUAACGACUUCUCCACUAAGUGAAGUCAAGUCCAGUGAUCUUAAUAUUCAUCACAUGGUUGAUUCAGGUGCUGUUGCUGGAAAUGCAGAUGCUUGUGAAGUUAGGUCAGUGUCUUUGCAAUGUGAAAGAAGUGAGAAUAAUGUUGGUUCCUUUUAUUUGGAGGAAUACACACAAAUGAGUGUUGAUAAGGAACAAAUUGAAGACAAUCAAGAACUGUCUCCAGCAACACCAACUGAUCUUGAUGUUGUUCACAUGGUCGAUUCAGGGACUGCUGCAGGAGACGCAGACGACUGUGAAGGGAAGUCAGCAUCUUUGCAAGUUGAAGACGAUCAAGAAUUGCAUCAAAUUGAAGACGAUCAAGAAUUGCAUCAAGCAACACCCACUGUGUCUCAACCUAGUGAAACAAUGUCAUGCAAUUUCAGCCUUCAACAACUUUUUGCUUUAGAUACUUGUGAAGAAGAGAUGCAAGAUUUAUCCGAAAAGGACAAGACAUGUAUGGUUGCUGAUCUUGAGGCGUGCAUUGGAUUACUUCCUAAAAACCUUGAAGCUGCAACCACUAAAGGCUCUGAGGUUGGCACAUAUUUUGAUCCAACUAUACUCGGAAAUGUUGUCAUGGAAACUUGUAGAAUUGACAACGUGGAGAAAGAGAUCAAUCAGGAUGAUUGCUUUUCGGCUCAGGGAGAAGUUGGCAAGUUUUUUGACAACGAUGAUUUUGGAGUAGAUGAGCUUGUUCAAACUGUGCCUCAACCUAGUGAAAUGGAGUCAUUCGAUUUUAGUCUUCAACAGCUUUUUGCUUCUGACACUGCUUCUGGAGAUGAAGAUGCUUAUCAAAAGAAGUUGGAUUCGCCAUCAAAGACUACACCAACUGCAAGUGGAGAGAAAAACAUGGUUUUUUCUCCCAAACUCCAUGAAUCUAAAAUGACAUUUCAAUGUGAAAGAAGUAGUGAUAAUGUUGUGUCCUUUUGUUUCGAGGACUUGAAAGCAGAUGAGCUUGUUCCAACUGUACCUCAACCUAGUGAAAUGGAGUCAUACACUUUUAGCCUUCAACAACUUUUUUCUUCAGACACUGCUUCUGGAGAUGAAGAGGCACAUAAAGCGAAGUUCGAUUCACCAUCAAGGGCUACACCAACGGCAAGUGGAGAGAAAAGCAUGGUUUUUUCUCCGAAACCACAUGAAUCAUCAAUGAGGCAUAAAGAGAUGGGCAUUGAAAUGAGUUUGCCUUUAAAACGCGCAAGAGAUAGUAUUGGUACACAUGAUAUGAAAGAGAACAUUAAAAUUGACAAGGAGGAAGUUGGUUCGAUUAUGUCGAAGACUAAAUUUGCUAAGAGACAACCUCUUCAAGAUCUUCAACAGAAUUGAACUUAACAGUCCUUAUGGUGUUUACUGGUUACUGAUUUUAUUUUGGUAAAUGAUCAUGUUUCUAUUAUUUGAUGAUCAUGUUCUAUAGUGUAUGAAAACAUUAUGAUUUAUGAUGACUAUUGGUGUUAAGUGUAA